GAGAAGAGAAUGCAUCUCCUCCAGGAGGAGCUGAGGAGGGAAGAGGAGGAGGAGGAGAGGAAGCUGAAGGAGGAAAGCGAGGAAAGACUGAGGGCUCUGAGACAGCGCCUGCUGUCUAAGAGGAGAGAGGAGGAGGCCAGGCUGAAUGAGGAGUCUGAUAGGAUGCUGGAGGAGCUCAGAGAGUCUGCUCAGGAGGAGAGGGAGAGGCAGCAGCACAAACUCAGGGAGGAGAGCGAGGUCACGCUGAAGGAGUUACGUGUCACUCUAGAGAAAGAGCGAGAAGCGGAGCGCGACAGACUGGAGGCCCAGAAGAGGCAGGACAGUGAACGUCUGAAGGCGGAGUCAGAAGAAGAGAUGCAGGCGGAGAAGAGGAGACUCCAGGAGGAGAGGGAGGAGAAGCUGAACUCCCUGAGACAUGAGGUUAAAUUUACAGAGAGGCGGAGGGACCUCAUGAGCCCACGACCUGAACAGCAACUAGCAGAGUACCACCGAGAGCUGGCUGAUGUUCUUCAAGAAGUGCGGGAGGAAGUGCAGCGUGAUCAUGAGAGGAAGCUGGAGCAGCUGAGGGAGGACCACAGGAGAGAGAUGAACAGCAUCAGAGAGAAAUACCUGGAUGAGGAGACUGACCAGAGGGCGCGCUUGCUUUCUUCUCUGCAGGAGGACAGAGAGCAUCUCCAGGCCUCACAUGCUGUCCAACUGGAGAAACUCCGCUUGCAGCUCAACACGCAGAUACAAAAGACACAGCUGACACACUCACGCAAGGAGUCAGAACUGGAGGAUCUGGCAAAUCAGAUGGAGCUGAGAGCCAAAGAACUAAAGAGUCAGGAGGCCAUGCUUCAGAACAAGGCAGCAGAUCUGAAAAGAAGGAGGAAGAAGCUAGGGGAGGAAGAGGAGGAAGUGGACAGACAGAUCGAGGCCUUACCCCAACUGAUCCAGGAGAGAGAUCUGCUGAAGGAGGAGCUGGAGAGGAUGAGAGAGGAGAAACAUCAAGCCAGGGAACUUCUCCAGAGAGCCAGGCAGGACAGGAGUGAGGGCAAGGAAGCGGAGGAGAGGCUGAGGGAGGAGAGAGACAAAGCCAGGGAAGAGUGCAGGAGGGCCAAGGAGAGCAAGGAGCGACUGGAGAGCAAGGUGGCGCUGCUGCAGGAGAGAUGCGACCGUCUCAGUCAAAGAGUCAGUGAGCUGGAACAAGGUGAAGGAGGGAGCGCCUGCCCCAUACCAGAAUUUAAACUGGACAAAAAGAAUGCAGAGGCGACUGCGCCCUCCAGUGACAUGAGAGACUCAUCGCUACAUGUAGAAGACCUAGACGACCCACCACUCUCCCCUGUGCCUGACAGCCAAAGCAGCAUGGAAGAGUUCAGACGCUACAUCUCCUCACAUGGUGCAUCCAUCCAAAAAACCAAAGUCUUUCUGGAGAGAGAAAGCAGCCGGCUGAUGCAGAGACAGGCAGCUCUGCAGGCGGCCCAGACCAGCUCCUCCCAGGACCCCAACCAGGAAGGAGGGGUGACUGAGGAGAUGAUUAGGAACCUCCAACAGGAGGCCAGAAAUGUGGUGGAGCUGCAGCGGACGGUUCAGAGGGGAAACACUCUCCUGAGGAGGAAAGAGGAGCAACUCCAGCAGCUAGAGAGCUCUAUAGCUGAAGAGCCACUGUAUCAGGAUCUGUCUCGGCUGGGAGGAGAGAGAAAGGUGACCUUUGAUGUGACUGAAUCUGACCUCAGCAGCACUGUGGACCCACCUGACGGGACAGGAGGUCACCCCACAGUCCCGGACAAAGUCCAGGAGUUAGCAGAGUCCCUGCAGCAGAUCUCAGGCCAGCUCAACACCGUGCUGAGUGCAUUGGGUUCACUGGCCCAGAGACAGAGCACCACACCUUAUACAGCCUUCCCUCCACCUCUGUCUCUAUCUCAACCUAACUCAUCUCCAGCUCCCAUGUCCGCCACCUCCGCCUCUGCCUCAGUCUUGCCACAGAUGCACACCCUGGGCCCCAGCUCCUCAGCCAUACCUCCUCCAGUCAGGCUCUCAGAGCCGUCCUGGAACUGGGCGACCCAAGGCACCUCCGCUGCCACCCCUCUCUUCAGCACCCCCAUCAGCAGUGGGCUGAGGCCGUCUGAGGACCUCAUCAACAGCAGAUUUAGACAGAUAUUCCCCAGAGCCGCUAUGGACCCACUCACCAUGGGGACGACCUCCGCAUACUCGUCAUACACUCCUGCUAGUGAACAUGGUCGUAGCAUGCGGUCUGUGCAGAGGUCAGCGGAGGUAGACGGCCAGAGGCUGCAGGGGCUGAUUGACGGCAACAAGAGGUGGCUGGAGAUGCGCAAGAAAGACACCAGCAUACCUCUGUUCACCCGCUAUCGGGCCCCUUCAACAAAGAGCGGCCUGGUCCAGCUGGGCCUGGACGAUAACAACCAGAUCAGAGUCUACCAUUACUGAAGACAUGACAUGCAGUCCAGUCCUGCUGCACUGUGCCUGUCACUGAGGACUUUGGAGCAUUAACGGCUGUGUCAUGUCAGCAUUGCAACGUUUACACACAGGGGCGUCACGUGAGCGCCCCGUGCCCUCUGACUCAUUCCUUUUUCGCAGACUUUCAGUGCAAAGGCUUUCAGGUAAAGACCGACCUCCGCUGCUGUGAUUGGAGAAAGAGGUGACUGCAGAGGACAUGGAAAUUCAGGGAGCAAACAUGUAACAGAGGGACUUUUAUCGUCCAACGUGAGAUACAGCUGUGAGCAACACCAGACUUCUUUGAAAGCACUUCAGUGUCACGUUUACACUUGGGCCAAGGCCCUAUGUUUUAAAUGGUUACAUUUAUUUUAAUGUCAGAUGGGAAGUUCAAGACAAUUAGAGACGAAGAUGAAGAUUUAUUUAUUUCACUUCCUGUACUUGCUUUACUGAAAACAUCCCAGACACCAUCCGACUCAUCUUCGUGUUGUGAACCCGUUUGCUGCUGCAGCCAGGACGUAACACUUAAAAAAAAGUUGUGCUUUGCAGGUGCACAGAGGUCAAAGUUCAUUUCAUGACUUUUGUAUUUAUGACUCUGCUUUUCUAAGUGACUUGUGUGUGAACAAUUUUUAAAUAAUUUUCUUAGUUUUUGUUGUGUAAGCCCGUCAGAACUGAACCUAAUCCACUUUUAUUUUCCAUAUUCCACAGCAGUGACAGUGAGCUGUUGAUUAGUGUAAACCUCAACACGUGCAGGCAGAGAGACAAAUGUAUUUUGUGCAUACAGUAUAUAUUUGUGUAAAUAAAUACUGUAUUUUUCUAUAAAAUAUUUUAAUAAAUCUAAUUUUAUAUUUUAUCUUGUGUGCUGAUCCUGUUAUAUGCCGGCACUGGUGUGUGUGGUCCAUUGUUUGAGCAAGUGCAUGUGCAUACAGUCAGGUACACACCCUGAUUAUCAUACUGUUUUAUGUUUACACAGAGAACCUCACGUGUGCCAGUCUGUUGUCAAGACGUUGCUCAGGUUCAUAGAUAACUCAGAUCAGAUCAGAGUCAGAGCAUGCAGGAAGUAGCUGAUCAGUAGUAUCUGAAAAUGAGACCUUUAUUCAGUAACCGCUCAUUUGACAUUAAAAUCAGUUUUUCAUACAGUACAGUGCAAAAAAUACCUUAGCAUUCAGGCUUGAGGGCAGUCGAGAAGUAAAUACAAUCAUCAUCAUUAUUAUUAACGUUCUCCGACGAGAAGGACGGCUAGUUUGAGGAUCUGACCAAUCAGAGCACAGUAUGUGACUAACAUGAUUAGAACAUUAAAGGCCACUGACAGACUGGACAGAGUUCAUGUUCUCACGUUAAUGUUUGUAAACACACGCACACCUCUGUACAAACACACACACAGCAUAUAAACAGCAUACAAACAGUAAUUUCAAAAUGCAUUGCAGGUCAAAUGUAAUGCGGACAGUAUAAAAUAAGUUAAUUCGGACUGUUUCUUUUAGCGAAUGUGUACAUUGUUAUCUUCAUCGUCAGCAGUAAGUAAACAUCGAUUACAACAGAUAUAUUGAUGAUGGCAGCGAGAGGACAAAACACUUCAACAUCACUCGACGUCGAAACUCGGGCUCUUUGUUGGCACGUUUGUGUCCAUACAGGUGGAGGGAGGGGCUACUGCCCUUCCCUGACUGGCUGAUUGGCUGUGACGGGCGGAGGGGGCGCCCGCCGUACAGCCUGGGAGAAACAGGCUACUGGCUGUGCUUCUUUUUUU